AUGUUCGACAAGGAGCAGUAUCGAGAGCGCGCCUACUUCAGCCAAGAGAUGAAGGUCUCAAAGUACGAGCUUUACCGGGAGGACAUUCGUGACAUGACGGAUCUCACUGUGUCCAAGAUGGACGUUUACAUGGUGAUCAACGUCCUGCAAUUACUGUUCUGUGUGAUGCUUUUCACAGAAGGAAUGCCCAAGCCGGGGAAGACUCCUUUGUGGCUUCACUGGAUUUUGGCGGCAAGUAGUGCCUCCGGCGUGCUCUACUUUGUGCUGAGCCGCUGGGAAUGCAUCAUAGCCCAACAACCACUCCUACCAACAGUGCAUAGCAUGGAAAACCAGUAG